AUGGCACAGCCGCACGACGCCGGGCCAACAACCGACCCCUCCCCGUCGCCCGGGUUCGGUUCUGGCUCGGCCCGGGGGCAGGGUGCCCCAGACGGUGCUGCCGUGGGCUGGGCGGGCAAGGGCCGAGCCGGGAACCCGGGCGUCCCGUGCCCCAGCGAGCCCCGUGGCCUCGUCCUCUGGUUGCCCCGGCGACGGCCCCUCCCCCACCCCUGCGCGCGCCUGCGCGCGCCUCCCUCCCGCGCCCUCCGGGCCCGUUGCCAUAGUGACCGGCUCGCUUUCCGGCGGCCUGGCCUGGGGGUCCGCCGUUGCCGGGGCGACGGGCGAGCCCGCGAUCCCGCCUGGAUGGCGGCGGGGGGCGGGCCCGGGUGGGCCUGGCGGCCGGUGGCGCGCGACCCGCUGCUGGCGCGCGCCUUCCACUCGUGCACGGCGCUGCGGGGCCGCCUCUACCUGGUCGGGGGCCUGCUGAGGCCCGGGGACAAGGCGCCCACCGACGACACCGUCACCUUUGACCCGGAGGCCUGCCGGGCCCAGGACCCUGUGGGACCGGAGAAGGAGGCCGUAGCCCCUGUGGGAGAAGGGCAGGAGAAGGAGGCCAAAGACCGUGUGGGAGUAGGGCAGCAGGAGAAGGAGGCCAAAGCCCGUGUGGGAGUAGAGCAGGAGAAGGAGGCCAAAGCCCGUGUGGGAGUAGAGCAGGAGAAGGAGGCCAAAGCCCGUGUGGGAGUAGAGCAGGAGAAGGAGGCCAAAGCCCGUGUGGGAGUAAAACAGGGGAAGGAGGCCAAAGCCCGUGUGGGAGUAAAACAGGGGAAGGAGGCCAAAGCCCGUGUGGGAGUAGAGCAGGAGAAGGAGGCCACAGCCCGUGUGGGAGUAGAGCAGGAGAAGGAGGCCAAAGCCAGUGUGGGAGUAGAGCAGGAGGAGGCCGUAGCCCGUGUGGUAGUGAAGCAGGAGGAGGCCGCAGCCCGUGUGGGAGUAAAGCAGGAGGAGGCCGCAGCCCGUGUGGGAGUAAAGCAGGAGGAGGCCGCAGCCCGUGUGGGAGUAGGGCAGGAGAAGGAGGCCGCAGCCCAUGUGGGAGUAGAGCAGGAGGAGGCCACAGACCGUAUGGGAGUAAGGCAGGAGGAGGCCGCAGCCCGUGUGGGAGUAAAGCAGGAGGAGGCCGCAGCCCGUGUGGGAGUAGGGCAGGAGGAGGCCGCAGCCCGUGUGGGAGUAGGGCAGGAGAAGGAGGCCGCAGCCCGUGUGGGAGUAGAGCAGGAGGAGGCCACAGACCGUAUGGGAGUAAGGCAGGAGGAGGCCGCAGCCCGUGUGGGAGUAAAGCAGGAGGAGGCCGCAGCCCGUGUGGGAGUAGGGCAGGAGAAGGAGGCCGCAGCCUGUGUGGGAGUAGAGCAGGAGGAGGCCACAGCCCAUGUGGGAGUAAAGCAGGAGGAGGCCGCAGCCCGUGUGGGAGUAAAGCAGGAGAAGGAGGCCAAAGGCCGUGUGGGAGUAAAGCAGGAGGAGGAGGCCACAGCCCGUGUGGGAGUAGAGCAGGAGAAGGAGGCCAAAGCCCGUGUGGGAGUAGAGCAGGAGAAGGAGGCCAAAGCCCGUGUGGGAGUAGGGCAGGAGAAGGAGGCCACAGCCCGUGUGGGAGUAGAGCAGGAGGAGGAGGCAGCCGCAGGCCGUGUGGUAGGAGGGCAGGAGAAGGUGGCUGCAGGCUGUGUGGUGGUAGAGCAGAAGGACGCCGCAGCCCAUGUGGGAGUAGAGCAGGAGAGGAAGGCCACAGUCCGUGUGGUAGUAGAACAGGAGGAGGCCGCAGCCUAUGUGGGAGUAGAGCAGGAGAAGGAGGCCGCAGCCCGUGUGGGAGUAGAGCAGGAGAAGGAGGCCAAAGCCCAUGUGGGAGUAGAGCAGGAGGACGAGGCCGCAGCCCGUGUGGCGGUGGGGAGGUUGCGGGGCGGUCCGCGGCGGAGCCACCACGACGCGGCGGCGGUGGGGGGCCGCUGGCUGUGCGUGGUGGGCGGGUGGGACGGGGCCCGGCGCGUGUCGGGCGUGUGGGUGCUGGACGCGGCCGUUGGGGCCUGGGAGGCCUGGGCCGCGGGGCCCGACAGCCGCCCGCCCGCGGGGCUCAGCGGCCACACGUGUACGCGCCUGGACGACCGCCAGCUGCGCGUGGCCGGGCGCGAGGGCGGCACCCGCACCCAGCGCCGCUACGGCAGCGUCUACACCCUCCGCCUCGACCCGCGCGCCCGCACCUAUAGCUAUCGGGAGGAGAGCCGCCACACGGCCUCUCGCUCCGGUCACUGCGCCGCCCUGCUCCGGACUCCUGGCUCCCGCCCAGGCCACCAGCUCCUGCUCUUCGGAGGCUGCAAUUCAGCGGAGCCCGACCUGGCCGGGCACUGGGGCCCGGGAGAAAUCCAGGAGGAGCGGACCCGCGCCCCGCGCCUGACGGAGGGGCUGUCCCGGCUGGUGUCCGGGGCGCGGGCGUCCCGCCGGGGUCCCCGGGGGCUGCGCCAUCAUUCGUGCUCCGUGGUGGGCCCCUUCGCCGUGCUGUUCGGCGGCGAGAGCCUGGAGCGGGCCCGGGACGCCGUCUGCAAUGACCUGUACAUCUACGACACCCGACGGUCCCCCCCGAGCUGGUUCCACUUCCCGAGCGCGGACAGGGCGCUGAAGCGGGUGGGCCACCGCACCUGCCUCUGGAAUGACCAGCUGUACCUGGUGGGGGGCUUCGGCGAGGACGGCCGCACCCCCAGCCCCGAGGUCUGGACCUUGGAGCUCUCGGCGUGACCGCGGAGGAGGGAGGGGAGAGGAGGACACCCCCCACCCCCGGGCCCAUCGGACCCUUCCUUCCUCCCUCCCAC